GCGGGUUACCCCGAGGACUCGGCCUCCCCCCAUCGAAGGCUCCUCGCUCCGGUACGGGGUGUCCCCGCGUCCCGGCCGCCGCUGCAGGGUCCCCGCUCAGCCGCGGCCCCAUGGAGGAGCCGCCCCCAUCCGCCGCCCCUAGCAACGAGCACCAGGCCGGGCCUCGUCCCCUCCGCCAGCCAGCCGGCUGGCGGCCAAUUGGAAGCCGCCAUGCUGGGCCGGCAGGGAAGACCCAAUCAAAGGUGUCCUCUGAAGUGCUGGGGUCAUGUGAGCGGGGCAGGUUUGGAGACCCUCCACCAAGACAGUGCGGAAAGGAGAAGCCUGAAGACGGGAUAUUUCCCCUGCUCCAGCAUCCCGCCAAGCCCAAAUUGAAGCAAGCACCAUCCUACAGAUCGGCCUCAAAGGACACAGCCUUCAAAUCAUAAAGGAAACUUAAGGACUUCAAGAUGACAGGAAGAGAGUUUCUUGAACUAGAUACUCCACAGCAUAGAAUAUAUUUGGAAAGAUUUCAGCGGAUGGAACUCAUACAAAAGAUAUUCAAUGAGCUUCCUAAAGCAGAUCAGAACCUUUGUAAUCAUGGAUCAUACUUCCUUGCAGCAAACGCAAGCUUAUGUGGCUUGGCAGGAAAUAACUUCUUCAGGAACAUCCUACAUAUCCGAAAAGCUGCCAUUUUAUCUGCUGUGCCAAUGGCCGUGCUUCCAUUUGUUUCAACAGUAGCAGUUUAUGAAGUUUUUGUGCGCGAGCCUUUAUUUUCAGGUGACCUGAACUGCGAGGUCUGUGCUGUGGUCAGAGGAGGACUGGUCGGGGCUGUUGUGGGUGGUUUCUACCCUGUUUUGCUGGCUAUCCCCUUGAACGGAAGCCUCGCAGCCAGGUAUUCUUCAUCGCCCUUGCCAGGGAAAGAAAAUCUAUUACGCUUCUGGCUCGGCAUUGCUCAGCCUGUCUUCAGAAAGAUGAGCUUGGGUGUACUUGUACAGGUUCUAACUGGAUUGUUUCUUGCCACUAAACAACAUGGAAUAUACAUCAAAGUACUGCAGCAGAUGAGUUCUAACAGGGAUCCUGAAGAGUUACAAGGAUGAAGUUAAGCAGCUUUUCAGUUGCCUUGGAUAAGUAAUCAUAAUAAAGAAAGAAAGAAGU